GAAGUAGUCUUCGGUCAAAGAGCUUAGCUUUGUUUGCUCUGAGUGUUUAAGUUAUUAAGUUGAUAGUUUGCUGACUUACCGAGGAUAGAAAACGUCUCUGCAUGUGGACACCGACUUUCACUACCUUUAGUUUUAACUUUUCAUCAUUCGGGUUGACUGCAGGUUAACUGACUUCACCACAAACUGAAGUGUAUGCCACUCAGCACUGUGUGAACUGGCACUGAGGCCAGGUCAGGUAUUGAAAGGCUUAUAAGAGGUCAGUGUUAAAAUGGUGCCUCUUCAUGCUGCCUGUGUGUUGUUAAGCCUCGCACCGCUCUUGGUGCACGGUGUUCCUCCAAUUUGGACCCAGCCGGAGCAGGUGCACCUCUCCUACGCAGGAGCUCCAGGCUCCAUGGUCGUGACCUGGACCACCUUCAAUAAGACAGAGAGUAAGGUGGAGUAUGGCCUUCUGGGGGGUCGGCUGUUUGAGAUGAGCGCCAGCGGUGACGCUACUCUCUUUGUGGACUCUGGAGAGGAGAAGAGGAAGAUGUUCAUCCACAGAGUCACGCUCACAGACCUCAAACCUGCUGCUACUUAUGUCUACCACUGUGGCAGUGAUGAAGGCUGGAGCGAUGUGUUCCUCUUCACUGCUCUGAACGACAGCUCUAGUUUCAGUCCCAGGUUUGCUCUGUAUGGUGAUCUGGGCAACGAGAACCCUCAGUCUCUGGCUCGGCUGCAAAAGGAGACACAGCUUGGCAUGUACGACGUCAUCCUGCACAUAGGUGACUUCGCCUAUGAUAUGGACGAGGACAAUGCCAGGAUUGGAGAUGAGUUCAUGAGGCAGAUCCAGUCCAUAGCGGCCUACGUUCCCUACAUGACCUGUCCGGGCAACCACGAAGCCGCAUACAACUUCUCCAACUACAGGAAUCGCUUCAGCAUGCCCGGCCAGACUGAGAGCCUAUGGUACAGCUGGAACCUGGGGUCAGCACACAUCAUCUCCCUCUCCACCGAGGUUUAUUUCUAUCUCCAAUUUGGCCAAGAGCUCCUCUUCAAGCAGUACGAGUGGCUGAAGAACGACCUGGAGGAGGCCAACAAGCCCGAGAACAGAGCAGUGCGUCCGUGGAUCAUAACUAUGGGACACAGGCCCAUGUACUGCUCCGAUGACGACCAGGAUGACUGCACCAAGUUCGACUCCUAUGUCCGACUGGGGCGGAAUGACACCAAACCGCCAGCUCCCGGUCUCGAGGAUCUAUUUUACCGCUAUGGCGUGGACGUGGAGUUGUGGGCACACGAGCACACAUAUGAGAGACUCUGGCCCGUCUACGGGGACAAGGUGUACAAUGGAAGCAGAGAGCGGCCUUAUGUGAACCCUAAGGCUCCGGUACACAUUAUCACGGGCUCUGCCGGCUGCAGAGAGAGAACAGACAAGUUCAAUCCAAACCCCAAAGAGUGGAGCGCGUUCCGCAGCACGGACUACGGCUACAGCCGCAUGCAAGUGCUCAACGCCACGCACCUUUACCUGGAGCAGGUCUCCGACGACCAGUAUGGCAAGGUGAUUGACAGCAUAUGGGUGGUGAAAGAAAAGCACGGCUUCUCUGCCUGGUUAUGAAGACUGUCAGCCUU